UGGUUACUUUAUCAUGUACAUCCGUGAUGCUUUGUUCAUUUAAUGCCUAAAAAAUGUUACGUGAAUUUAUUGUAUUCUUGUGCUUAACAAACUUAAUAGAAAGUGCGCGGAUACUUGGAGUGUUUCCAAUACCGUCCAUCAGUCACCAGGUCGUGUUCAGACCGCUUAUGACAGAAUUAGCAAAGAGAGGGCAUGACGUAGUAGUAAUCACAACUGAUCCAGCAUUCAAAAAUGAAACAGCACCCGCAAAUCUGACCGAAAUUGAUGUGCACGAUGUUUCAUAUAAAGCUUGGAAAGAAAAGAUUGAUUUCAUAACAGGAGCACCGCCGUAUACGAUGCUCACGACGGCUUUACAGAUGAUGGUCGACGUUCUAAAGGUUGAAAUUGAAACUCCUCAGGUCAAAGAAUUUAUGGCGAAAGAUCAAAAAUUUGAUUUGGUUAUAGCUGAAGCAUGUGUACCAGCGGCAUUAGGUUUUGCUCAUAAGUAUAAAGCUCCUGUAAUUCAAAUGAGCUCAUUCUAUGGGUCUAGAAUCAAUUAUGAUUCUAUGGGUGCUCCUUCACAUAUGUUUUUAUACCCUGAGUUGUAUAGACAGAAAUUAAGAGACUUAUCAAUUUUGGACAAAGUUUUAGAAGUUGUAAUUGAGUUAGUAUUAAAAUUCGCUUAUGCUAACUACGUUGAUGAUGUGAAUAGGACGUUGAAGAAAUAUUUUGGUGAGGAUACACCGAAUCUAUCUGAAUUGGAGGAUAAAAUUGACAUGCUGUUUGUAAAUUCAAAUCCCAUCUGGGAAGGAAACCGACCCGUGCCUUCUAGUGUGGUGUAUUUAGGGGGACUUCACAUGAAACCUGUAAAAGAACUUCCUAAAGACCUCAAAUCCUAUCUCGACACAUCCAAAGGGGUGAUUUACGUCAGUUUCGGUACCAACUUCAACCCGUCGACUCUCGCCGAAGACAAGAUCCGUUUGUUACUAAACGUGUUCUCGAAAUUACCCUACGACGUUCUAUGCAAAUGGGAUGCCGAGGACGUACCUGGGAGACCCAGUAAUGUGAGAAUAGUUAAGUGGGUCCCGCAAAACGACUUGCUAAGGCAUCCGAGUAUAAAGCUAUUCAUCACACAAGGAGGGAUGCAGUCAACCGACGAAGCAAUUGCUGCGGGCGUACCUUUGAUAGGAAUUCCAAUACUGGUGGAUCAGUUCUUCAAUACGGAGAAAUACAUACAACACAAAAUUGGUGAAAAGUUGGUAAUGGAAAAACUAAGUGAAGAAGAGUUCUAUAACACAAUUAUGAAGGUUUUAGGCGAUGACAGCUACCGUCAGAAUAUACUGAAGCUUCGCAAAUUAAUGGCUGACCAGCCGAUGACUGCACUUGAGCGUGCGGUCUGGUGGACAGAGCACGUGCUUCGCCACGGCGGCGCGCGCCAUCUACGGGCGCCAGCAGCCAACAUGGGAUGGGUGGAGUACCUAGAACUGCCCCUUGUCGCAACCUUGCUUGUCAUCCUAAUAACUACUUUAUUAAUUCCUCUUGGAAUCUGGAAUCUGUUAAUAAAAUUGAUUAAGAAGUUGUUUAAGAGCAAGCCGAAAAAAGACUGAUAAAAAUAAUUAUAGCUA